CAUGUUAGCAGAGAAGUUGAAUAUGUCCCCCAAGGAUGCUGAGCGCUGGAUUGUUAAUCUGAUCCGUCAGGCCAAGCUGGAUGCCAAGAUAGAUUCCCAGCAAGGCCACGUUGUGAUGGGAACACAAGCAGUGUCCCCAUACCAGCAGUUGAUUGAAAAGACAAAGACCUUAAGCUUCCGUACUCAGAUGUUGGCUAUCAACGUUGAGAAGAAGGCUACUGCCAGAUACAGUGAGGGACCGAGCUGGGCCAUGGCAAGCUAGUCUGGUUGGAGGACUUUCCAAGGACUACCAUACAAGAAGUGGUAUCAUAAAAAAAAAACAAAAAAAUCUUCAAUCUUGAUCUACUACAGAAAAAGGGAUAUUUUGUAUUACAAAAAAUCUCAUGAGUUUUAGAAUAAAAGUGAUUAACUUUAAAA